AUGGCGGCGCAGUGUGUGACGAAGGUGGAGUUGACCGUUUCCUGCGAGAAUCUUUUGGACAAAGACAUCGGCUCCAAGUCCGACCCUCUGUGCGUUCUGUUAAUGAGCAGCGACGACAGCAAGUGGUAUGAGGUGGCCCGCUCAGAGAAAGUCCAGAAUUGCCUCUCCCCAAAGUUUGCCAAGAAGUUUGUGGUCGAUUACUAUUUUGAAAUUGUGCAGAAGUUACGCUUUGGAAUUUACGACAUUGACAACAAAACCAUCGACCUCAGCGACGACGACUUUUUGGGAGAGUUGGAGUGCACUUUAGGACAGGUCGUGUCAAGUCGAAGAUACACUCGGCCCCUUGUUUUAAAGAACAAGACUCCAGCAGGAAAAGGCACCAUCACAGUCAGCGCUGAGGAGAUUAAAGACAACAGAGUGGCCAAUUUUGAAGUUCAAGCAAGAAAACUAGACAACAAGGAUUUAUUUGGGAAGUCUGAUCCUUACCUGGAGUUUUUCAAACAAACAGAGACUGGAUGGCAGCUGGCUCACAGGACAGAGGUGGUAAAGAACAACUUGAACCCGUCGUGGAAACCCUUUAGAAUUCCUGUUCAGUCUCUUUGCGGCGACGACAUGGACAAACCCAUCAAGGUGGAGUGCUAUGACUACGAUAACGACGGGUCACAUGAUCUGAUUGGGACGUUUGAGACGACCAUGACGCGGCUACAGCAGGCGUCCAGAGUUUCUCCUGCGGAGUUUGAAUGCAUCAACAGUAAAAAGAAGCAGAAGAAGAAAGGAUACAAGAACUCAGGAGUCAUCAGCGUCAAGCAGUGUCAGGUGGUGAAGGAGUACACUUUCCUGGAUUACAUCAUGGGAGGAUGCCAAAUCAAUUUCACUGUGGCGGUGGACUUCACUGGCUCAAACGGAGACCCCCGGACCCCCCAGUCCCUGCACUACAUCAGCCCACAGGGAGUGAACGAGUACCUGAGCGCCAUCUGGUCCGUGGGCAACGUCAUCCAGGACUACGACAGCGACAAGAUGUUCCCUGCGUUUGGUUUUGGCGCUCAGAUUCCUCCCUCGUGGCAGGUUUCUCACGAGUUUCCUCUGAACUUCAACCCUUCAAACCCGUUCUGUGCCGGCGUGGAGGGCGUGGUGGAGGCGUACCGGCUCUGUCUGCCUCAGGUCAAACUCUACGGCCCCACCAACUUCUCUCCCAUCAUUAACCACGUGGCGGCCUUCGCUCACCAGGCGCUCCAGCAAACCACUGCGUCUCAAUACUAUGUGCUGCUGAUCAUCACAGACGGCGUGAUCACGGACAUGGACCAGACGCGCAGUGCCAUCGUCAACGCCUCCCGUCUGCCCAUGUCUAUCAUCAUUGUAGGAGUGGGCGGAGCCGACUUCAGCGCCAUGGAGUUUCUGGACGGAGACGACGGGCGCCUGAGGUCGAUGAGCGGAGAGCCGGCCACGAGGGACAUCGUGCAGUUUGUGCCGUUCAGACAGUUCAAAGACGCGCCCGCCCAGGCUUUAGCCCAGAGUGUAUUGGCCGAGUUACCGCAGCAACUGUCGUCAUACUUCACUUUAAUGAAACAGAAGCCUCCCCAUGAGCCCAGCCCGUCCUUGUCCAUUGUCUCACUCCUUCCUCUGUCCCUUUACCCUUUUCAUCUUCAGGCUCCCAGAGAGGCGCUGGCCAAGAGCGUGCUGGCCGAAGUCCCCUCUCAGCUCGUGGAGUUUUUCAACAUCAUGAAGUUAACUCCUCCCACCACCAACGCUGCUCCGCCCCCAGCUGGAUCUGUCUGA